AUGGACGACUCUUCUGUCGUCUUGAGGGUAGAAAACUCUCGCAAUACAGGUCUGAGUUCGCUCGACUUGCUCGAAAGCUCUGCUUUCCAACAUUCAUUGAAUGAUUCAUUGAUGCAACAACAACAACAACAACAACAGCAGGAAAGGGAACAAGGAGGCUUGCAACAGCAAGCGUAUGUAUAUGAUAAUAUUGAUAUUGGAGUCAUGGGCCAUGAUAUGAUGGAUUAUGACUUUGAUGAGCAAAAGCCGCAGCAAGAUAUUAGUGCUAUAUUAAAUGGUCCUUCAGCAAGGCAGCCAGAAGCACAGGAUGACAGUGUAUUUGAUUUUCCUCUUGUUGCUGCAGACAUGCAAUUGCGACAGCAUCCUCAAUGCAUUUCUCCUUUAAACCAGGCAAUUUAA